AUGGCUCAGCCUAUCGGUUAUGCCUUUGGUAUGGCUGCUUUAGUAGUCGGUGUCUACGUCUCAUACUUCCUUUACAGCUUUGGCAGUCGCGAUAAGCGAUUGAAAGAGUGGGCCGACAAAUAUGGCAGCAUCUACUCUUUGAAAAUUGGUGCCGCCACGCUGAUACUGCUGAAUGACAAACGCACAGUGCAUAAUCUACUGGACAAGAGAAGUGCAAUAUACUCGGACCGACCGAAAGACCAGCAGAUGAUCACCGCCCUGAAGGAAAAUUUUGCCUUCUUCGAUGCAAGCCCUGCGUGGAGGGCAACUAGGAAGAUAGCAGCUCAUUUUAUGUCGCCGAAGAACCUCGACGAAACCAUCAUGGCAGUCCAAGAAGCCGAGUGA